UAAAAGCGCCCUUCUCAGAUUUGUUUUUAGCUUAGCUGGGACACACGAGUGGAGUUGUAACCGAGGGAAAACAGGUUUAAGCUUAUUUUGUGUCUUUAAACAUUUCCUCAGCCGUGUUGCACCUCCCAGUCACUCCCGAGUUGACUCGCUGCCAUGCCAGUGCACCGGGACCGGGAGAAGAAGGAGAGCACAGCGGAGGAGAUGGAUGUGGAGGAGCACGACCAAGAGGCGUCCAGCUCAGAGGAGGAGGAUUCUGACACCUCCUCUGUCUCCGAGGAUGGAGACAGCUCUGAAAUGGACGAGGAGGACUGUGAGAGGAGGAGGAUGGAGUGUCUCGAUGAAAUGACCAACCUGGAGAAACAGUUCACGGAUCUCAAAGACCAGUUGUAUCACGAGCGUCUCAGUCAGGUGAACAGCAAGUUGGGAGAGGUGGAGGCUGGCCGGGCGGCGGAAUAUCUGGAGCCUCUGGCUGUGCUGCUGGAGAACAUGCAGGUCCGCACCAAGGUGGCAGGUAUCUACAGAGAGCUGUGUCUAGAGUCAGUGAAGAACAAGUAUGAGUGUGAGAUCCAGGCAGCAUGCCAGCACUGGGAGAGUGAGAAGCUGCUGCUGUUGGAUACAGUACAGAGUGAACUGGAGGAGAAAAUUAGAAGACUGGAGGAGGACCGACACAGCAUAGAUAUAACAUCAGAGUUGUGGAAUGAUGAGUUAUCGGGAAGAAAGAAGAGGAGAGAUGCUUUAAGUCCGGAUAAGAAGAGGAGACGACCUUCAGUGGUGUCUGGCCCAUAUAUCGUUUACAUGCUACCCGACUUGGACAUCCUGGAGGACUGGACAGCCAUCAGAAAGGCCGUGGCUACGCUGGGUCCCCACAGAGGCAAAGCCGACUCUGACAGCCCCGUGUUCCCGUUCAGACAAGACAGAAGCAGGCCCAUUCUCAACUGCUGAGGAACACACACACACAGUCACACAAUACAGAGCGCACACAAGGACCGCAGACACACACACACACACACACACACACACACACACACACACACACACACACACACACACACACAAUGAAUGCAAAAAUAAACAUAAACAUGACACAAAAGGCGCCAUUCACUUCUGCAAGCUGGACAUUUCAAGUCAAUCCACUACACCUCUCCGCUAACGGCAACACCAGUCGGUAAGCUGCCUGUCGUGGCGACACACCAUAAGGACUCAGGGGUUUAAAUCUGACUUUGAUUGCAGCAAUGUCAGCAGGCUUUCCAGCUGAACUCUUCUUUUUCUGUUUUUUUUUUUUUUUUGUACAAUGUAGUCAACACCCAAAGUACACUGUCGGCUAGAACGACGUCAUUUGACUACUUGUAUCUUUUUUUGGGAUGUAUUUUACAAUUAGCAAGCUCCGUUAUUUGACAUAGACACCAUUUAACAAACACAAAACCAAUCACAUGGAGGGGUUAGCAGAACUGUAUUCACCAGCUGUCCAAGUUUUGCAAAACACUUAAAUAUUACGUUUAAUUCGGGAAAGCUGGAGCUUUUUGGAAGGUUUUGUUUCAUGGAGCAUUCAAAACCAGGAAGUUACAAUCUGUACACUAUCGGUGACGACGUCCAGGAGAAGGUUUUUUUUUUUCCACUGGCCCCAUCUUAUUGUGUGUUAUUGUAAGCAUUGAUAUUUUUAUUCUUAAAUCUAGAGCGUUAUUGACGAAGCUUCCGAUGACAUUGGGAUA